AUGUCCGCAACUCCAAUUGUGAGGUGGGGCGUGGGCCUCUCGGCCGCCGUGGCUGUGGUCGCCCUGGCAGUAGUGCGCCUUCAACAGCCUCUCACGGGCGACGUCGCCGAUGCCCAAACGCACUGCUACCAGGGCAUCCGGACGCACGACGAGAAUCAGCCCGUGGCCCAGUGCUUCACGGUCUCGGACGGAAAAUUCACUCGCGUGUUUCCCUGGGAUGAUGCCAGCCUCACGACCAAGGCUGGCUAUAUCAUCCCCGGCCUAUGGGACGGUCACGGCCACCUGAUUCAGUACGGCGAGUUCCUCUCCUCAGCUGAUCUGUUCGGGGCUUCUUCCUUGGACGACGUGAAAGGACGCCUCAGAAACUAUGUCGACAGCCAUCCCGAUGCUGGCACAGAGACCGAAUGGAUUCGAGGAAUCGGCUGGGAUCAAAACACCUAUGGCAGAAUGCCCACUGCUGCGGAUAUUGAGGAGGAUGAGCUUCUCAAGGGGAAAUACUUCAUGUUAGACAGAAUCGACGUGCACUGUGCUUGGGUCUCUCAAGCCGUGCUCGAUCUCCUGCCCGCAGACAUUCCCGACGUCCCGGGCGGCGAGAUCGUCCGCGAGCCUGGCAUGGGUGUUUUCUGCGACAACGCCAUGGAUGUGAUCUACAAUCUGUGGCCGAAGCCCGGCCCCGAGAAGAAGCGAGCGUUCGUCGCGGCCGCCAUGGCGAAGCUGAACGAGGUCGGCCUGGUUGGGAUGCACGACGCCGGCGUCUUCCCGGACCAGCUCGACCUGUACGCCGACAUGGCCCACACGGAGGACUGGACGGUUCGCGUCUACGCCAUGCUGGAGUGCGCCCAGCGGAACACCUUCUGCCCCGACGACGGCGCGCGUGUGUUCCGCGAUGACGACAUGUUUAGCGUCAAAUCUGUGAAGCUAUUUGCGGACGGCGCUCUUGGUAGCUGGGGAAGCGCCAUGAUUGAGCCCUACAGCGACCGUCCCGAUACCGCCGGCUCCCUCCUCGUCAACGGCUCGACUUUGACGCAGCUUGGCAGAUCGUGGGCGUCUGUCGGCUACCAGGUCAACAUCCACGCCAUCGGCGACUUGGCGAACCGGUAUGCCGUCGACGCCCUGGAGGCUGGCCUCAGAGACGCGUGUCCCGACGGAGACCUCGCGGAGUGCCAAGCCCGACGCCGGUUCCGCAUCGAGCACUCGCAAAUCAUCCACGAAGACGACCAGCGCAGGAUUCACGCCAUCGGGAUCAUCCCCUCCAUCCAGCCCACGCACGCGACCUCGGACAUGAAGUACGCCGAGCUGCGGCUCGGCCCUGAGCGCACCAAGAGAGAAGCCUACCGCAUGCGCUCGCUGCUCAACGUCAACCCCAUUCUCGGCAGCGACUUCCCCGUGGAGCCGCCCAACCCGUUUGAGGGCAUCUACGCCGCUGUGGCGCGGAAGAGCCCCCAGACGGGUUACGGUGUGAACGGAAGCGCCGACGGGUGGUACGCGGAGGAGGCUUUGAGUUUGGAUGAGGCCCUGUUAGGGUUCACCAAGGGCCCGGCUUUCGGUGCAUUCAUGGAGGGGCGCGCUGGUGUCAUCAAGGAAGGCGCCCUGGCCGACUGGGUCGUGCUGGAGGAGCCGCUAGAGACCAUGGACAUUGAAGACAUCCGCGAUUUGAAGGUCAAGGAGACCCACUUCGUCGCCGGGAUAUUUCCCGAGACAGAAGCCUUUGCCGCCGUCCUCAUGUCUAUGCAACUCUUCGCCUUCGGGACCCUCCCCGAGACAGACUCGUCACCGCAAGACGCCUCGGACCGUCCCCUUCACCGGAUGCUGUUCUGCCUCUUCCCCCCGAGCAUCGUGCUUCUCCUCGCCGUUGCCAGCGUUGCCGUGCCAUUGGCGACGACCUCCGUCGCCUCUCAUGAUGAUGACUUCUCAGCUGUGCUUGGCGUCGGCCCCGGUUCUGGCAACAAUAACUUCGGCCGCCUCUUUUCGGUGCACUACAUCUACACGUGCAUCGCCAAUACGGUCGUCAGCAUCGCCGUUCUGGUCCGCAUCUUCUGCUGGAGCGGGAUCUCGGGCCGGAAGGCCGCGACGUUUGACUACGCCGUCCUCUUCGAUCUCUGUCUGCUCCCCAUGUACAACGGGAAGGCGGACGUCACCGCGGGCCUCAUAUUCGUGGAGCCGGGCGCGGGAAUCUUCGUGCAGAGCCGCGUUCUGCUCUUCUUCGGCGUCGGAGUCGCCGUGCGCGCGCAUCUUACCGGCCGGAUGUCUGCGGUUGUCGCUAUGGUGCAGGGUGCCGCGGCCAUGACCCUCGUCCCUGUGACCGGCCUCGCGAUGCGGUCCGAGGCCAAAAGCCCGCUGCCGUUGGGGAUCUUUUUUGCUGCUUCGUUGAUGAUUUUUCUCACUAUCACCGGCGCAAAGGCGAUUACAGAAAGCCCUGCGUAUGUGGCGCCCGCGGCACAGUUGGAGGAGGAGGACGGGACUGACCUAGCGAACGUUGACACGCCUCCUCCGGCGUACCCAAGACAUCAGAUGGAAUCCGUGUAUUCUGCAUAG